AUGGGAAAAGGAACGGAUAAACUCUACAUCACACACUCCGAGUGGGCAUCGGAGGACGCCUUCUCGGCUAGUGCGGGCGCUGGCGUUUCGAAGGCCAAGAAGAGCGGUCCACACGCCGCAUUCAAGCGAUUACCGUUCAACUUCUGCUCCCUCUCCCUUCAACCAUUCUCGCAUCCGGUCUGCACACAAAAUGGAACGCUCUUUGACAUUACGAACAUCCUUCCGUGGAUCAAGAAACAUGGGACAAACCCGGUCGAUGGGUCGCCGUUGAAGAGCUCCGAGCUCAUCAAAUUGACUCUCGCAAAAAAUGAGGACGGCGACUAUGUGGACCCAGUCACCUUUAAGAUCCUGACGGACAACACACAUAUUGUCGCGCUGCGAAAUACGGGCAACGUGUUUUCCUGGGAUACGGUAGAGCGAUUGAACAUCAAGGGGAAAUUGUGGCGCGAUCUGGUUACAGAUGAGGAAUUCAGUCGGAAGGACAUCAUCACAUUGCAGGACCCACAGAACAUCGAGUCGCGCAACCUCAGCUCCUUCAACUAUAUCAAAGAAGGGGAGACGGGAGUUUUGGAGGAUCAACAGGCUUCCGGGAGCGUCAACACCAAUGCGCUUGGUAGCUCAGCGAAAAUCUUAAAAGCGAAAGAGGCCGUGGCCAAGGCCCGCGCUGAUCGUGCCCAGCAGGCUGCCUCUGCUACAACAGGCUCUAAAGCUGUUGCAAAGUCUGGACCUGCGGCUACCACCAAGGUUGGGACCACGCAGCCUGCGAAGCCCACGCCUUACAAUGCCGCCAAAUUUACAACAGGAAAGGCGGCCGCUUCUUUCACUAGCACUGGGCUGACACCACACACAUCUGCCGAGCUUGCAUUGUUGUCGGAGGAGGAUUUCAUGCUCAAGCGUGGUCGCGUGAAGGCCAAGGCUUAUGCGCGCAUUGAGACCACCUCUGGUCAUUUGAAUUUGGAGCUGUAUCCCGAAUACGCGCCCAAGACCGUUUGGAACUUCAUUCAAUUGGCUAAAAAGGGCUACUACAAGGAUGUUCCUUUCCACCGCAAUAUCAAGGGUUUCAUGCUUCAAGGUGGUGACCCCAGUGGUACUGGUCGAGGCGGCGAGAGUAUCUGGGGCAAAUACUUCUCAGAUGAGUUCGAUGGGCCUUUAAAACACGAUGGUCGCGGAACCUUGAGUAUGGCCAACAAGGGCAAAAACACGAACAGCAGUCAAUUUUUCAUCGCUUACCGGGCUCUGCCCCAUCUUAACCUCAAACACACCAUCUUUGGUCGUAUCAUCGACGACCCUACCCCAUCAUCUGCCACUUUGAACUCGCUCGAGACACACCCCGUGGAAGCAAACACGAAUCGACCAACGCCCGAGGUCCGGAUCAGAGACAUUACCGUCUUCGUAGACCCAUUCGAGGACUUCCUCGCUCAGCGACGGAAGGAAGAAUCGCGCGCCUCGGGUGCUAGUGGCCCAUCUGCAGAGGAAGAAGAAGAGAAUGCACGCCGUGCGGAGGAUGAUCAGGUCACUUGGACUGGAAAGAGAGUCCGUGGGGCUGCAGAUUCACAGCAGAGUGCGGGUGGCAUUGGAAAAUAUUUGAAGGCAGCAUUAGCAGCUCGGGACGAGAGUGGGAUCUCGGGAUCCGUUGAUGAGCCCGAGCCCGAGCCCGUCCGCAAAAAGGCCAGAUCCGGCGGUUAUGGGGACUUCAGUAAUUGGUGA